UAGUAAAAGCUAAGAAUCUAUUAAACUCUAUAAACACUAUUAUCAAGUCUAAUUGGCCUCUGGGUUAUAUCUCUCUGUGUAUUCUUUAUUCCCGAUUGAGCAUUUGUAGCGCUUUCGUUCUUUAGAGAAGUAAGGUUGUGAUUGGAAAGGUGUUUUACUGAAAUUAUCCUUCUGUGCAAAUGCCCUGGUACAAUGAGGGCACUUGAGCGGACGGAUACCUUCACGCAUACGGACAUAGUCUAUUGAGUCAGAGUCAUCACAGAGUCAGAACUGGUUGAUUAAAUUUUGUGGCAGUAGAAAAUACUCAGUCUCUACGAACACCUGUUGAGUAAAAAUAAAGACAGACCUUCCUCCAGCUGGACUGAUAACAAUUUGUGCAGAAUCCGAAAAUGAAGACAUGAACUCAAUAAUCUUAUGAAUAUCUCUGAAGAUUGUUUGUUGGACAAAGGAAUCAAGACUAUAUAAGAUAGCUAUACAAUGCUAAUCUUUUACUUUAAGAUUAACAAACCUCAAAUUGUAGAAUUUUGAAAGAUUUACUUUAACUCAGGAGUGAUAACUUCUAACAUGUUUAAAGAGACUCUUCCCAAUAGAAGAACGAAAUAUCAUCAUUUAAACCAGAAUCCAAAGUGUAUUUCUUUCUAAAUCCUAAGAACGCCUCCACAUCAGGAUGAAUGCUUAAGUCCCAGUGGGGACUCACAUGCACAAAACUGAUCUAUCGGAC